AUGACGUUUAAAGAAGAAUCAUUGGACGAAAUAGUAAACGCCGCUAAAGAUAUGGCGUCCGAAUUAUUUGCCGACGAUGAUCCGAAUAAGGAACUUUUUCAAAAUGUGUUAAAGGAGAUGCAACUUGCUGAAGAAGAAACUGUAUAUAAGGACGACAAAGCCGUUUAUGAAUACACACCCGUUCAUAGAAUAGAUCCGGGUAACGUCGGUGAUGUUCAGUAUAUUGAGCUUGAGGAAGGAAAAACGACCAAGCUGAUUACAAGAGCAGUGCGUCCACCCUUAUUUGAAAUACCAGACUUUAUAUCGGAUGAAGAUUGUGAUUAUAUUAUUGAAAAAACCCGUGAAAAGGGCUUAAACGUGAGUUCUGUGUUCGGAUCCAAAACUGAAAAAGACUCUGGGAAACGUUUCGGCUCACAUCGAAAAAGUUUUUCCUCAUCCUUAAAGUUAGAAAACGUUGGUGAAGAGUUUAUGAGCCGAUUGCACGAUAAAGUGUCCAAGUUGAUAGGAAUGCCAAAGCAAGUUGUGCAGUGGAGCGAAAAUCUAGCUAUCGGAAUGUACGAACCAGGCGGGCAUUAUCAUGCACACCUAGACUCGAACGAGGCUAGCAGAGAAAUUCCUUGCUGUUUUCAGAAAGAGUGUCAUGAUUCUAAAGGAGUCAAAGGUGACUUUAUAGAAUGCUGUAGAAUAUGUAGGUACGUGACAGUUUUAUAUUACCUCAAUGACGUUGAGGAGGGAGGUGAAACAGCAUUUCCGUUGGCAGAUCUUUCAUACGGGGAAAUGGUAUCAAAAGAGAACACAAACUGGCGUAAUCUUACAUCAGAUUGCCAUGAUGCCGCAGUUGUAAUCAAGCCUAAAAAGGGAAAGGCAAUAAUGUGGUACAACCAUUUGGUAGAUAAAAAAGGUUAUAUAUCUUUUGUAGAAAAACGUUCUUAUCAUGGAGGUUGUGAGGUAACCAAAGGGACAAAGUGGAUAGCAACUAACUGGAUUUCAACGCCUAUCUAUGCACACAGAUUUAUUCCAAGCAAAUAUCGAGAUAUCAUUUAA